AUGGAUUUAAGCACUUUUUCUUUACAGCCUGAAAAGCUGCUUUAUUUAGCUCAUACGAUGUAUAAAGAUAAUCUCAUAGACAAUAAGUAGAAAGAAUAAGCCAAAGAGCUAAUAGUAAAUGAUGAUUAAUAGCUUUACUCUUGGCUGAAUAAUUACGAAAACUCUCAUAAGAAUCUUUAAUUUCUGCAAGAUCAAUUCAUCUACUUAAUCAAUUUAAAUUUAUAGGAGAAACAAAAUUAGAGCGAAGAAAAAAAGAAUGGUAAGAGAGUUAAAAUAAUUGAUCAUAAUGAUUCUUAGGAUCCUUGCCUUUCAAGAAACUCAAACUCUAGUUCUCCUAUGAGUAGAGCUGGAUGGAAAAGACCUUCUUUUGCAAUUUCUAAAUAGAGAAUGGGAGCGAAGGUGACUAAAAUGUUUACAGAAGAAAAUAUGUCUGACUUAAAUACUACUAAAGAGAGUUCACCAGAAAAAAAUCACAAGGUCUCACUAACAGCAAACCAUACACCAAAGUCAGGUCUAUAAAGAAAUUAGAUAGUUAUUCCUUAACUCUUCAUAGAUGAAGAGGUAUUUAUCACUUAAAUAACUAAAAUGCACCCCCAAAAAUCCAACAAAUAUUUUAUACAAUUGCUUAGCUAUUAUUUAUGGUAUAUAUAAUAUUUUUUUGAAUAAUUAUUUAAAAGGACUCAUCACCGUUAGGCAAGUAUUUAUUUGAACACAAAGUAGUUCACUAAAAUAUAAAGCCUUCUGUAAAGUCAAGAAUUAGGCCUUUCUUAAAUCAUAUAAUAGAUGAUGAAUUUUCUUCUCCUCUUGAUACCGUGUUACAUUAAAGAAAAUAAAGAUAAUAACAUUAUUGAAUAAUAUUCUACCUAUUAGAAGGUAUAUUUGCUAAUAAAAUACCAAUAAGUCUUUUAAAAAAGGUAAAUUUCUAGUAGGAAAAUUGUAUAAUAUAAAAAUUAACAAUAAAUUUAUUAGAUUAUAAUUUAAUUAUCAAAUCUGUUUAAAUACAAUAUAACAUCAACUAAUAACUAUAAAACUCAAUCAAUAAAUAAUUUAACAAAAAUUAAUAAAUAAACAAACAAGCAAGCAAGAAAGCAAAAAACAAAACAAUAUAUCAAAUAAACAAACAAACGGCAUUUAUGCAAAAAAAAAAAUUAAUCCUAAUCAAUAAAAUUACUUAUUUUCAAUUAUUAUCGUUUAAUAUUGUAAAUAUUUCUAUAUCAAAUAUGUCUAUUUAGUAUCAUGGCUGGCUUUUAAUAGACUACUUCAAGUUUUAAUUUCUAUAUUCUUCUUCUUUUUAUUUAUUUAAAAUAAUUUCCCUUCUUAAAAAUUGACAAUAAGUUAAUAUCUUAAAUUUAGACCAUGUUUUUUUUUUGA